AUGUCACCUUCACUUGCUAUCCAGCUUGCUCCUACCCUAUCAAUGGCAGUGGCAGGUGCCUCACCUGUUCUUCAUCUCCUUCUCCAACAAUGGCAGCUGAUUCUAGCCAUCCUCCUCGUCCCACUCGCCUGCCUCCUCCUUCGAGGAAGGUCAGGCUCCGGCCUAAAGCGGCCACCGGGCCCCAUGAGGCUGCCCAUCGUGGGCAACCUGCACCAGAUCGGGCGGCUGCCGCACCGGAGCCUGGCUGCGCUAGCCCGGCGGCACGGGCCUGUGAUGAUGCUGCGACUGGGCAUGGUGCCGAUGGUGGUGCUGACGUCACCGGAGGCGGCCCGGGAAGCCCUCAAGACAAAGAAUGAUGACUGCAGCAGCCGUCCCCUGUCGGCAGGGCCAGGGCUGCUGUCCUACGGCUACAAGGACGUGGCCUUCUCGCCGUGGAGCGACUACGUCCGUGAGAUGCGGAAGCUGUUCAUCAUCGAGCUGCUCAGCAGGCGGUGCGUGCAGGCUGCCUACUACGCGAAGGACGCACAUGUUUUUUUUCUUUUCUUUUUGGACAGCUGCAAUGAGAAGAUACAAUGCAAUGAGAAGAUCUUGAUUGAAUGUUUUGAUUGUUUCAGAUUGACAAGCUGGUCGAGACCCUCACCGUGCUGGGGCCGAAACUGUUACCCCUGGACGCCCACAUCUUUGCCACCAUGGACCGGAUUAUGGGCUUGUUCGCGUUCGGCUAGAGCUACGCAGGGGAGCAGUUCAAGGGGCAGUUCGUACCCUUGCUCAACGCAACCAUGGACAUGCUGGGUGGCUUCUGUGCCCAAGACUUCUUCCCCAACGCCGUUGGCAUCUGAGGGAGUCCUGGAUUAAGGGGUCCUCGGGUGUCCGGCCUGUUAUCCAUGGGUCGGACUGAUGGGCUGUGAAGACACGAAGGACGAAGACUG